AUCGCGUAUUAAAUACACGAUUUUUGUUAUGUUCGAUAAGCGGCGUAUUCGCCGGGGAUUCUGAUCCAUUCAGAUCCAUUGCCGACUGUAUUCUCGCGGUAAUCUGUGUCAAUCUCAUUGAAGAUUCGCACUACCGUUGCUUUCUUCACAGAUCCUUUUCCCUAUCGAGUAAAAACGGAUUCCUUGUUUUGUCUUUGUACGAUGGUGAAAUAUUACGAGAAUAUCACAAUCUUCAAGUUCGAUUGGACGCAGGUUGUUCGAGGAUUUUUUCAGAGAUAUCCAAAUCCGCACAGUUCGCACGUUCUCACUGAGGAUACAAUCUCCAGAGAAGUUAAAAAUGGAAAACUCUACUCCAAGCGGCUGCUGACGAAAACCAACAGAGUACCCAAAUGGGGUGAAAGAUUCAUUAGUAAAAAUAUUGUAAAAAUUAUGGAAGAAAGUAUUGUCGAUCCAGAAGCAAAGACUCUGACUACAUAUACAAGGAAUUUGGGAUACACUAAAGUUAUGAGCAUUGUCGAGAAAGUGGUUUAUCAGAUCUCCGAUGAAAAUCCAGACUGGACAAUUGCAAAGAGAUCGGCAUGGAUAGACAGUCAAGUCUUUGGUUUCAGCAGAGCGAUUCAAGCUUUCGGCUUAGAUCGAUUUAAAAAGAAUUGCGCCAAAAUGUCAGAGGGCUUCAAUUAUGUUCUCGCAAAUAUGUUUCCCCAUACAACACAGUUUCUAAAUCCGAAACUGUCUCAGACAAGUUUUUCGGUGCAAACCGGCCACAUUGCAGAUGAUGGUGUUUCGAUAAAGCCGAGCCUUGCAGAGGACUUACAGCAUUCUUUACAGGGUAAAGCAGAGAAGGUCAAAGAUGCUGCUAAGAAAGCCACGGAUUUAGCAAAGGAAAAAGCAAGACCAAUAUAUGCGGCCUGUCAACCAAAUCAAUCGUAAAUCUAUAUAUUUCACAAACACAAAGUGCAAAACCGUAUCAUUGAAUAAUAUCGUUUAGCGAUGGAAAUAUUCUUGAAUUAACACGGUAUUAUUGAUGUAUUCUUGAACAAAACAAUGGUAAAGCUUUAGAGACUAGUUCGAGAGUGCAGUUAUUUGUAUAUUAGGUAUAAUUGUAUAUUAUAAUUAAUAGGCACAGUUUAAUGACACAGUGCAAAAAGAUUUACAAAGUUGGUUGAACAACACGUAAUGAAACUUGAGAAAAUUUGUUAGGCUUGC